AGCUGCUCAGACGGUGGCUCUUGACCCAUGCUGCUCUCAGCAUGAGUUUGCAUGAGCUUUAGUCCGGGUCGGCCUGAGCAGGUCCCGUCAUCGAAGGGCUUCGAGCACCUGGAGCACCAGGAUUCGACACAGCUCCGACGCUUCGUGGAGCGCCUGGCGAAGGUCUUGGACGGGCAGAUUUUGAGUCAAAAGCAGCUGAGCGCCUUCGUGGAGUGGUUCGCGCGCAGAGGCCCUACAAAAAAGGGUGACUUCGAGAGCUUCAAGAACUUGCUUCGUGAACAGACUUGGAUCCUCUGGCAUGCGGAGAGUCUCCCGCAGCAGCGGUGGAAGCUCCGGCGCUAUGGCAAUGAGACCACCCACGAGAUUGGUGCCACUGCGAUCGGCCCGGCGAGCACGGCGAGCAGGGCGAGCGCCAAGCGCCAGGAGCAGUGGCUGCGCAGUUGGCGAAAGCGGAGGCCGCCAUCAACGGAUGAGCUGAUGGCAAGCUUGGAGGCACUGGAGGGGAAUAGCCCAGUGGAGGGGAUCCCGGUGGAGCUCCAAGCGAAGAGGCAUCCGUUGACCGAGGCGGGGUAUCAGCAGGCCAUGGAGAACUACACGGACCUCUGCGUUUUCAUCCAGGAGCUGCUGUGCCAGAUGGGGGGCAAGAUCCUGCGGAAAGGGCAGCUGAUGCCUUUUACCUUUUGGUAUGCACGCCUUGGCUGGAAGACCUAUGCAGGUCUUGAUGGAUUGCUGGAAGUCCUGUUGCAGCAGACCUGGCUCCUUUGGCCAGAGGAAAGCUCGAGCGUGCAGGUGUGGAAGGGCCGCAUCUCCCUCCGGCGCAUGGCGAAGCGCCGGAGGAGCCCCAAGUGGUUCCUCGCGCGGUCGGGCCGUUUCGAGGGGAAGCAGCUGGUGAAGUUCUUUGGAGCGAAGUAUGUGGAGCCGAAAGAGUUUGGCCGCUUGCUGCUCUAUGCACGGCGGAGUCUGCUGAUGACCUCUGAAAUCUUGGGCUUGGCUGUGCGACGCUUGGGGCGCAUGAGAAUGUGGCAAGUGGCCUUCUUGCUGCUCAAUUCGGUGUGCAAGGCAGAACUUCAAGUUGAUACGGCCCCCUAUGUGUCGGCCGUGGAUGCUUGCCGGACGAUCGAGCGUUGGGACCUGGCAUUGGAGUGGUUGACAGCUGCCAAGCAGCAGAACUUGCCAGCGACCAAUGUGAGUAAUGCAGCGAGUGCGGCCAUUUUAAGGUGUCGAGGUCAAGCAGGCUGGCCACAAAUGCUUCAGCUGCUGAUGAAGCUCCUGGAUGUCCCACCUUCUGCAGAUCAAAUCAGCUUUGGGACGGUCUUGUCUGCCUGCAGCGAGUCGCAGAGUUGGGAACUGGCGAUCCAGCUGGUCCAGCUGAUGCAAGCCUCGCAGGUUUUGCCCGAUCUCGUCCCAUUGGCCUCUGCUGCCACCGCUUGCAAUCGAGCUGACACGAUGUUCGCCUGGCGCUGGUCCUUGCAUCUCUUCACCUUGGCGCGCUGGGUGGGGCACACGCCGAAUCUGCGGCUGCACAACUGCGCCAUCUCCGCUGCCAGCCGUCUUCCUGGUGGGAACUGGCCCUUAGCUAUGUUGCAGCUUCAAGAGAUCUUUGAGGCACGCUUGCAAGCUGACCGUGUGUCCUUUUCAACCGCUUGCGCUGCGUGCCAGAGAUCCGCGGCGGUGGAUCAAGCCUUCCGGUUGCUAAAGGAGCUCCCUAAAUCCAAGGUGCAGGCCUGCGCUCUCUUCUACAGCACGCUGGUCAUGACGGGGGUCAAGGUGCUGCGGUGGCAGGAGGCAGCGGCCUACUUGCCUCAAUUGAAAUCCAGCAUGAAGACCAGAGAAGCCUUCUUGGGAUCCAUGGUCCUGGGGCGACAGUGGCGCGAGGCAGCGCUUCUCUUCACUUAUCGUUGGCCUUUUCGCUUCUCUUCCUUCCAGGGCCACCGGCCCUUAGCACGGAGGUCGGACCUGGUUCCUGCCCUACAGGUGUGCCGCGAGACGGGCUCCAUCACGGAGGCCCUGGCGCUGCUGCGCAGCGUGCGCGCGCGAGCGUGGCGGAUCGAUGCCCAGACGCAGGCGACGGCCCUGCAGUCCUGCCGCCGGACGAGCGCCUGGGCGGACGCGCUGUCCUUCCUAGCACAGGGCUGCCAGCACAAUUUGGCCGCAGGGCCGUUGCAGGAGCAGUCCCUGGAGGUCUGUCAGUUAGCAGGCCGCUGGCGGGUGUCACUGGUUCUUCUCCACCGCGCGGACGGCGCGGACGGCGCGGACGAAGCUAAGGUGCUGAAGGCCUGUGGCAGGUCUGGAUGGCAGUACUCCCUGCACGUGCUUCUGAGCCGGGUCCAGGACCGAUGUCCUAGAUCUUCCCGACCUCCUUCGCAGCGCGCCCUGCACGACGGCAGGAAUGUCCUCCAUCGCGACGGGCAGGAGCCGACGCUGGUCCCAGGCUGCCGUCGACCCCUUGGUCGCAGCUCGUGGAUUUGGCCUACAGGACCCCAGAGAGGCCAGAGGUGGUGAACGCUGCGCUGCGCGCCUGCGCUGCGGAGGGGAAGUGGAGGCAAGUGCAAGCCCUCCUGAAGUUACAGGGGACGAAGGGUGCUUCUCCCCGCGCAGCUGUCCGACCGACCCUGCCACCCGUCUCGCCGGGGCGAAAGACUCGGUGCGUGGGCGAUGCAGCGCUGCUCCUUCGCCCUGACGGCGCUCGAUGUCCGCAUGG